AGAGGAAGCUACAAAACCGCUACGUCUGGUAUUUUCAUGUUCCUCCCUGGUUGGUUUCACUAAAUUGGAAGUUACUUUUAUUGAUGGUUUUGAAGUGCCGCUUUUAUAACAGGCUUGUGUCUUUUUCCAUACUCUACCAUACCAUUAAGACUUUGGAAUGCAUGGAGUAAGGGGCAGGCUCCCAAAGUGACUUUCCAAUCUGUGUCCGCAGUUCUAGCCAAGUUCCCUUUUAAUGUAUGGAGCAGGCUAAGUUGAACUCGCUCUCAGAAUAACACAGAAGUAAAACGCAGCUGCUGCUUUAAGUGGCACUGUGUGAUAAUAGGACUCUGCUGUUUACUGGAACUCAAGUGCCUGGACUGGUGCACACACAAGCAGUAUAUGAAAUCUGAAAACAUGAGGAUAAAGGAGAUUUCUUUACGGCAAGAUCCUGAUCUACGAAAGGAAUUGGCAUUGCUAGCUCGGGGAUGUGAUUUUGUUCUGCCUUCCAGAUUCAAGAAGAGACUCAAAGCUUUCCAGCAAGUCCAGGUUCAGUCAAAGAAAGAAGAACCUUUGACAUCGUCACUGAGCCAAACCAUUCCAACAUUUUAUUUUCCUCAAGGAUGUCCGAAAGAAAAAGUGAACAUAGAUAGUGUUAUUACUAAGAUAGAGAAAACUUUUGCUCAGUUUCCAAAUGAGAGAGCAACAUUAGAAGAUAUGGGUAAAGUUGCAAAGGCUUGUGAAUGUCCUCUAUAUUGGAAAGGUCCACUAUUUUUUUGUGCUGGAGGAGAACGAACAGGAUUUGUAUCGGUUCAUAAAUUUGUUGCAAUGUGGCGGAAGAUUCUACAGACUUGCCAUGAUGCUGCCUCCAAGUUUGUUCAUCUUCUCAAGAGCCCUGGAUGUAACUAUUUGGUACAAGAAGACUUCAUUCCAUUUUUACAAGAUGUGGUCAAUAGUCAUCCCGGUCUAGUCUUCCUAAAGGAAGCAUCAGAAUUUCAUUCUCGGUAUAUUACAACAGUAAUACAAAGGAUAUUUUAUACAGUAAACAGAUCCUGGUCAGGAAGGAUCACUUGUAAUGAACUCAGAAAAAGCAGUUUUUUACAGAAUGUGGCAUUAUUGGAAGAGGAAGUAGAUAUUAACCAGCUGACAGAAUAUUUUUCAUAUGAACACUUCUAUGUAAUCUACUGCAAAUUUUGGGAGCUGGAUACAGACCAUGACCUUUAUAUUGAUCCAAAGGAUUUAGCUCGGCAUAGUGACCAUGCUAUAUCUAACCGGAUGAUAGAGAGGAUUUUCUCAGGAGCUGUAACAAGAGGCAAGAAAGCGCAGAAAGAAGGAAAAAUAAGUUAUGCAGAUUUUGUAUGGUUUUUGAUAUCUGAAGAGGACAAAAGGACUGCAACCAGCAUUGAAUACUGGUUUCGCUGCAUGGACCUUGAUGGGGAUGGUGUAUUGUCAAUGUAUGAACUGCAGUACUUUUAUGAAGAGCAAUGUCAAAAACUGGACAAUAUGGCCAUUGAUCCUCUGUCAUUUGAAGAUUGCCUUUGCCAGAUGCUUGAUCUUGUGAAGCCAGAGUGCGAAGGGAAAAUAACUCUUCAUGACUUAAAGAAGUGCAAGAUGGCAAAUGUGUUUUUUGACACCUUUUUCAACAUUGAGAAAUAUUUAGACCAUGAGCAGAAUGAUCAGUUUUCUAUGUUGAGGGGCACUGAAAACGAAAACCAAGAACUGUCUGAUUGGGAAAAAUAUGCUGCUGAAGAGUAUGAUGUCCUAGUAGCAGAGGAAGCAGCUAGUGACCAGUGGAAUGAUUGUUAUGAAGCGGAAUUGAACCCUGGAGAUCAUCAGAAGACCAACGUGCUGAAAUAUCAGAUGGAAAAAAGGCCUUUCUUUGAUAUGCCUUCCCAUUUGGCAGACGUUGACUUAGAUGAGUAUGACUAUGAAGAUGAUUUUGAAUGAAUUGUGUUGUUUGUAUAAAAAUAAGGACCGUCUGCAGCAGGUCUGCUAAAUCUAUGUAGGGCUUAGUUUCCAGAAAAAGUAAACUUAGUUCUUUGUGCUGCAAAGUUAAUAUUUUAAUCAUUUUGGAUGAUAGCUAUUGUUAGUCACACUCAAAGUAGAUCCAUUGAAAUGAAUGGUCUUAUACAUGCAGAUCAAAGGGCUUACUCUGAGUAUGACUAACAUGUAAUAUCACCCUUAGAUACCUUGGAAAAAAGAAAGUUGCUUUGUAUGGAAUUACUUUUUUGUAUUUAUUCAUUAGAUUGUUGCCUGUAAAAUAGUUAAUUUAUUUGUAGAUAGGUUAUAUUACCUUUAUGGAAUUACAACGUACCUUCCCCUCCUAAAAAAAAAAAAAGUAGAAUUCUUCCUAGUUUUCAUUUAUAGCGAUAAUGGUCUCCCAGCAGAAAUCUAAUAACUGCCAGAGUUCAAAGAGAAAAAUGUCACAGCUGUGCGUGAAAUGUCAAAGCAUCACUGGAGAAGCUGGUGCAUGCAGCAAAAUGUGGCCUUGCCCUGAAAACUAACACACAGUGCUCCUUUUAGUCCUGCAAUUUAAACCCCCACCGCCACCCAUUGCAAGAACGGUUUUUAUCGCUCACGCUCGACUGCAGUGGAUGUUGUAUUCUGUGUCAAAGGAACCAAUUUUUAAACCUUAUGUAAGUUUUACUUGAUCUGUGAUGUGCACUAACCUUGUUAUGGGCAUUUAGUGUGUUUCCUCAAUGGUUAGCUAAUGACACAUUCCAUGAGUAUUCAUACCAAUGGUGUCAGAGCAGCUGAACAGUUUGAUGCUUCCCUUGCCUAAGUAAGGUGAGAAGUGAUGGCUUUUUUGGACAAGCUAGAAGUUGCCACACCAGUGUUUUUUUUUUAAAGCAUAAGGUUUAUAGUGCCUUAAUUAUCCCAACAUUCACACAAGGAACUAAAUAUUGUGUUCCAGGAAGAUUCUUGCUGUUUUUCAUGUAAAACAAAAAAGGUGUAAGCUAUUUUGUUUGCAGUGCAGAUCUGUUUAAAGCAUUUAAAUAUUUUCAAAUAAAGUUUUUUUCAUAUAUGUAAAUUCAUUGAUUUCCUUCAACAUCUGUGUAGAUUCUUUUAAUACUACUGCAGCUUCUAACAGAUGUCUGUUUGCACACAAUAAGCCAAGGGAAACUGGGCAGGAGGCUUUCCUUUUUCACUUGCCCACAGUAAGAAAAAAAAUGUCUCAUUUAGGCAGAUUGAAACAAUCACUCAUUUUAUUUUGCAAACAUGAUAAUAUAAAAGUAUGAAACCAAACAGCUGUUUUACAAGCUCAGUGACAAUGAAUAGAGCACAUUUUCACCCUAGUACCAAUAUUAGACUGCCAUGGUAUACAAGAAAGCAUAUGAAAUACAAAUUAGAAAUCAUGUAUUCUUAAGGAUUCCCACCCAACCCACAUACAUAAAUAGUUUCUCUUUCUCUAUUCCCCAGAAACCCACUACCCUGCUUCUGUGUUAAAAAGUAAACAGUCUUGUUUCAAAAGUGGUCUGCCAUGGGCCCAACAUAAAAUACUGCUCUGCUACUAUAUGGUAGGUUUUCCAAUUGUUGCCCUGACUACAGAUGCAUCUGCUGUCACAGUUUGGACAGAGAAACUUCAGCAAAAUGAAAAUCAAGUGUUUUCAGAAAAAAAGUGUAGUCACAACAGCAUACCAAACCAUGUAACACUGGCUGUAGAAAUUAUUGUAAUUGUGGUCAUUACCUUUCUCAUGAUUCAGUUAUACUGUAACCAUACCAUGUCAUGCUUUCAGCUAACCAGGUGUGGCCCCCAUUGCAAUGCCUGUACUUUUCUUCAUUCACAUGAAAAAGCAGAGGGUAUGUCCAAAUGUCUUUGCUUCUUACAUCUCCUAAAUAAUACACAAAUCAAGGUUAUUACACAGAGCUCUGUACAGACCCUGUGGCCGACCUGAAUUGCAGUUAUAUUGCUA